GUCAGCGCGAGGCGGCGAGCGGAAUGCAGCGGCCGGAGGCCUGGCCACGUCCGCACCCGGGGGAGGGGGCCGCGGCGGCCCAAACCCGGGGCCCGGCACCGCCCGCCGGGGCCGCGGAGCCCACGGGGCUGCGGUUGCAGGACCCUUCUCUCUACACCAUCAAGGCUAUUUUCAUCCUGGAUAAUGAUGGGCACAGGCUGCUGGCCAAGUAUUACGAUGACACAUUCCCCUCCAUGAAGGAGCAGAUGGUCUUCGAGAAAAACGUCUUCAACAAGACCAGCCGGACUGACAGUGAGAUUGCAUUUUUCGGGGGCAUGACCAUCGUCUACAAGAGCAGCAUUGACCUCUACCUGUACGUGGUGGGCUCAUCCCAUGAAAAUGAGCUGAUGCUCAUGUCUGUUCUCACCUGCCUGUUUGAGUCUCUGAACCACAUAUUGAGGAAGAACGUGGAGAAGCGCUGGUUGCUGGAGAACAUGGACGGAGCCUUUUUGGUGCUGGACGAGAUUGUGGAUGGCGGUGUGAUCUUGGAGAGUGACCCCCAGCAAGUGAUCCAGAAGGUGAAUUUUAGGGCAGAUGACAGCAGUUUGACUGAACACAGCGUGGCCCAGGUUCUUCACUCUGCCAAGGAACAAAUUAAAUGGUCGUUACUGAAAUGAAGGCUGUGGAUUCAAGGCUUCCUCCCCCAGACCAUUUCCCCAAGCCUAGGAAAAGCCCAAAGACCCCAGAGAACAGGAGAGACCCCUCUGUGUCCCCAGUCCCCUUCCAGAACUGACUGCUGUGGUCUCCGGACAGGGACUCUUGAGAUGCAAAGGUUUGGCCCCAACACUGAGUCACCCCUUCUCACCACCCUGCCUUGCCCCCUGGGUCAUGGGAGUCAGCUGAGCUGCCUGAAGUCAGACCUUAGGCAUCUGGGGACCCAGGACCCUAAUAAAAUCUGCUUUUGUGUCCUGC